UCAAAAAAUGAAAAAGGAAAGGCUAAGCACUCGUCUCUUCAUACCGGAAAACAAAGCAUCCGCGUCAGCCUCAGCUGAGAAAAGGCGAUAUAUUGGAAAAUUGGAAAAUAUAUUGAGACGUACAAAAGCUAAGGUAAGCCUGAGAGCUCCCAACAUAAAAGGGCGAGAAGAGAAGAGAGAACAACUCGGUUCAAAUGAAAAAACCACGACCGGAGAAACUCAGUUAUUUAAAAUUAAAAAAACUAAUAAAUCAGAUUUGCAGACGCAUCAAGUUAAGUUGCAAGAAUCGACUCGUACGUCCGACAUUGACUCGGAUGAUAAGCUAAAUAAGUCAAAAACUAAUUAUACCCAUCGAGACAAUUCGCCAUUUCCUUACAGUUCAUAUGAAAUGUCGGAGUGUCGGAGUGAUAGUCGACCGUCUUUGCAGACUCACACACAUACCAGUGCAAUAAAUACAGAAGCAAUGACCGAGGAUAUGACACAACAAAUCAAUUCAUAUAAAUUUGAUGAUUCGGAUAUUGCGAAAAAUAAUAAUCACUCGUAUAAUGUAAUAAAUUCGACGCAUGAGCAUGCAAAGCAUAUUGCGAGAUAUUAUCGGGACGCCAACGCAAGACAAGAUACAGAUGUUAAAUCAAUCGGGGAACAUCGAAUGAAUGUCAUCAGUGCUAAUCGCUCCGACUCGUUAGUCACAAGACCGCACAAUCCCAACCGCCACGAAUACAGUCACGAUAACAGAAACGAAGCAGUAUUUAUGAAAAUGUAUGAAAACAAUGACAGUAGUUAUCUAUUACAUAAUCCAUAUAAUUUGAAACAUGAAUCACUAUCUCAGUCAAAUGGAAAUUACUUGCCAGCUAUAAAUCGGGAGAUGAAUGUCAAUAAUCGUACAAUAAUUAAUAAUAAUUUUCCUAUCGAAGAAAAAUUAAUUAAUUUUGAAAAUAUGAAAAGACGACGGAUAGGUUCACUUAAGCGUGAAAAUAGAGUAAGAUUUCCUCAAUUUCAUGCAAACUCUCAAUUAUAUUGUAAUCCAAGGAAUUUUAAUAUUAUGAAAAUUGAGAAUGAGGAUCCGAAUGAUGUUGAUAAUGAUAAUGAUGAUGAUGAUGAUGAUGAUGAUGAUGAUGAUAAGAAGCUUAAAACUCAAUAUAAUUCCGUCUGGCCUCACAAUAUACUAAUUGAAAGGGAAAAGCUUGAAGAAACAAUAUCACUAAGGGAUCAAAGAAAUUGGGAAAAUGAAAUGCAAAUUUCCCGUCGCAUUGCGUCACAAUUACCUUACGGUGCACGAAGUGUUAAUAGCAUUCAAAGCAACGAUAUCAACAAGCAUUAUUUCUUUGGCAACAAGAUUGAAGAUCCUCGCAAUAUGGUUUGCACUCGCGACAAUAACAUAAAUGCUUAUCGAACUAACUAUCAAAUGUAUGGGUCAGCUAUUGGAAUCCAAAAUUUCUAUUAUAACAAUGCAAGGUAAGAAACAGUUUUCGCUUUAACUUUGAGAUGGCAAUGAUCACAAUUGCAGAACUCGCACACGACAUUUAAAUCUUGAAGGCAAAGAGAUUUUUCAUUCAUACAAUAAACUUGUUUUUUUUUUUUUUGGAUGCUGGCGUUAUUAAGCCAUUUUCGAUUUUCGAUACUUCUGGGGGCCGAACUGUGAGCCAAAUUAAAAUUCAAUCUUUAUAUUGCACGUUAUAAUAAUUAAGUCUUGAAAGUAACUCAAUUAGAUUUCUUACGCAUUUGUAAAGAACUGAAAUUAGUUACGGAUAACCUAUUAAUUGCAUAUAUUCUUGAUCCCAUGAACUCAUGUCGAUGAGUCCAUGUUAUUUAACAUUACAAACUAUACAAAUGGAAGUAUGAUAAUUAUAUUCGGUUGUGGCCGAAUCUUUUAUACCCAUCGCCAUGAUCCUGAGAACAAGCAAAUGCGUGA